CGUCUGACGAGAAGAAGCACAAGUACCACCAACCCAUCUGCAUCUCAAGCAAGCUCUUCUGGUCGUCGGCGCACGUGUGACAGAGAGAUUAUGUACACUAUUAAGGUGUUGUUGGCGGUCGUACUUUGUACGACAGGCACAUUGAGCGCACCACAAAGACCGCAACAAAGUGGCGCGGAGAAAGAUGCGGUGAUCACGUCUCAGCAGCUCGAAGUCAACUUCGAUGGCAAUUACGUCAAUAACUUCGAGACAAGCAACGGUAUCAGUCAUCAGGAAACAGGCAACCCAAAGCAAGUGGACAAUGAGACGCCGGUAGUCUCGCAGGGCCAGGACUCGUAUGUGGCGCCGGACGGCCAACAGGUCAGCAUCACGUGGUUAGCGGACGAGAACGGUUUCCAAGUGCAGGGCUCUCACAUCCCCACGGCGCCGCCCAUCCCGCCGGAGAUCCAAAGGGCGCUCGAAUGGAACGCCGCUCAUCCCGAGGAGGACGACGGCGGUCAGAGACCACCGGGAAGAGGUUAUCAGCCCAAUUUUACCUCAAACGUGACCUGAUUCCGAGCCAGCUUGCCAUGGACAGAACCGACCCCGAGCUUUCGACGCAAACAUAAAAAUAAAUAUAGUGUGGUAUAUUAAUCUAGGAUAUACAAACGUAACACGAAAACAAGGCAUGAGACACCAGUAUAUAAUAAGCUAUAUACUCCCGAAAUGAUUCUUUAUCUUACUUGUAUAGAUGAAAAAUAAUGCGCACUGUUCAGCAAUUUCAUGAGGGAGGAAUGCCGAUGCAUGCGCGCCGCCUCCGCAAGAAACGAGAGCGACACGCGCGUACGAACGUUUACGCCGAUCGUCAAUCGUUAAUAGUAUAUAUAUGUAUACUUAACUUGUGAUUUUUUUUUGUAUAUAAAUAAAAACGUUUUGCCCAAGUUGGAAA